GGCGGGCGGGAGGCGGCUGCUGCUGGGGCUGCGUGUCAUUCCUUCGGCAGCAGCGGCCGCGAAGUUAGCAUCUCUGGGGCGCAUCAGGCUGGACGCGGCCGGAGGAGAUGCCAUGUCGGGCACCAAGCCGGCUCCAGUACAGAUCGUUCUGGUCCACAAAGAAGAACAUUCCUUUGAGUUGGACGAGAAGGCGCUGAGCCAGGUCCUUCUGCAGGAUGCCAUCCGUGACCUUGACGUGGUGGUGGUCUCCGUGGCUGGGGCCUUCCGCAAGGGCAAGUCUUUCCUCUUGGACUUCCUUUUGCGUUACCUGUACACCCAGAAAGAAGACGAAUCCAACUGGCUGGGGGUGGACGACGAGCCGUUGACGGGUUUUUCGUGGCGGGGGGGCUCCGACCCCGAGACCACCGGCAUUCAGAUCUGGAGCGAAGUCUUCAUCGUGAAGAAACCGAGCGGGAAGAAGGUCGCUGUCGUGCUGAUGGACACCCAGGGAGCCUUUGACAGCCAGUCCACCGUCAAAGACUGCGCCACCAUUUUUGCCCUCAGCACCAUGACGAGCUCCGUUCAGAUUUACAACUUGUCCCAAAACAUCCAAGAAGAUGAUCUCCAGCAACUGCAGCUGUUUACGGAAUAUGGGCGUCUGGCCAUGGAUGAAAUCUUUCUCAAGCCAUUCCAGACACUGAUGUUCCUGGUGCGAGACUGGAGCUUCCCGUACGAGUAUGGCUAUGGCUUGGCCGGAGGCAUGUCCUUCCUUGAGAAACGUCUGGAGGUCAAAUCUCAUCAACACGAGGAGAUCCAGAACGUCCGCAAACACAUUCAUUCCUGCUUCACCAACGUCAACUGCUUCCUUUUGCCCCAUCCGGGCCUCAAAGUGGCUACCAGCCCGAAUUUCGAUGGCCGUCUGAGCGACAUCGCAGAGGAAUUCAAAGAUCAGCUGAAGCAGUUGAUCCCCUUUGUCCUGGAUCCCAGUCAGCUCUUAGAAAAGGAGAUCAACGGUUCAAAAGUGACCUGUCGAGGCUUGUUGGAAUAUUUCAAGGCUUAUAUCAAGAUCUAUCAAGGGGAAGACCUGCCACACCCUAAGUCCAUGUUGCUGGCCACUGCUGAAGCCAACAAUCUGGCUGCUGUCGCUUCAGCCAAAGACCUGUAUUACAGCAGCAUGGAAAAGAUCUGUGGCGGAGACAAGCCCUAUGUCGCACCUGAGUUGCUGGAGCAGAAGCAUCGGGAGCAGAGCACCCUGGCUUUGGAGCACUUCCGGCGCAUCAAGAAGAUGGGAGGCCGGGAGUUCAGCCAACGCUACGAGGACGAGCUGGCGCAGGAGCUGAAUGAUCUCUUCGAAGACCUCGCCAAGCACAACCAGAGCAAGAACAUCUUCAACACGUUCCGGACCCCCGCUGUCCUCUUCAGCCUCAUUGUGAUGCUCUAUCUGAGCUCGGGGAUCACUGACUACAUCGGACUGAGCAUUGCCGCCCAGUUCUGCAACUUCAUAGUGGGGCUGUUGCUUCUGUCCCUCCUAGCGUGGGGCUACAUCCGAUAUUCGGGCGAAUACCGCGAACUGGGGAUGGUCAUUGACACUACAGCGGAGUUCGUGCUGCAGAAGAUAAGAUCGGGCCACGGGGUCACCCGUUUAGAUGCACCCCUCCAGAGAACAGGAGCCUCGGGCCCCUUGUCCCAGGGAGCGUCAGUGGACAAGAAGGCCAAGUGAGGCCCGACUCCCAAAACGUGGGUGGAAACAUUUCCAAUCCAGGCAUCGCUUUGCAGAGCUUCAUAGACAGCAACUCCGAGCCUCUGAGUCGGGAUCUGUUCCCCUCCCUUCCCACUCACCUUUCUUUUACAGGCCCCUUCCCCACCUUUUUAUUUCCCUUCCCUCACUUAAAGAAGAAUCUUUUGCACUUUAACCAGGAAACACAACAGCUGCUUUAAAGCCAUUUCCGUACCAGUUAGUGCCUUCGGUGACGAAAAGGAAACCAACUUGACGGCUCCCUCGUUUCAGCGACCGGCUCUUGUUUUUUGAUGCGUGUCGGUCAUACCAGGAAGGAGAUGCCAGCUCCCCCCCCCAAAAAAACAGCUCCCCUGGGCAUCCAACUCAGAGCGCCUAACUCUUCAAGCCCUUCCUUUGGCGAGAGUUUGGCCCUGCGUGAAAAACAUCAGAGGGGUCUGUUGAGGUCUGCCAGGCCUAGCCCAAAAAA